AUGUUUGUUCGUAUCCUGUCUAUCACGUCCCUUGCUGUUCUGGCUAUCGCCACGCCCCUCGCUCUGCGCGACUCCAGCGGCCAGUGCAACACCGGCAACAUCCAAUGUUGUCAGUCGACUCAGCCGGUCGAUGAGUACAACAAGAACGCGACGAUGUAUGGGGAGAUCCCCAUCUACGCUGACGUCCUCGGCGAAGUCGGUCUCGGCUGCACCCCAAUCUCAGUGAUUGGCACUGGUGACGGUGCCAACUGUCUCCAGCAGCCCGUCUGCUGCAGCAACGAGUCAUACAACGGCCUCGUCAACAUCGGCUGCACGCCCAUCAAUCUCUUCCUCUGA